AUGCAGCCACAUUUUCAAGUUGUAUCGGCUAAGAGGCAUAUGUCUUCUAUCCGGGCGGAUUUUGCGAUGGGUGCUGCCAGCAGCUCCGUGGAUGUUGCGCGGAUGACGGACGAGGAGCGGCAGCCGCAGGAGGUGGAGGACGAGCGGGAAGGGGAGGGGGACGGGGAGGAGGACCGAGAGGGGGACGAGGAGGGGGAGGAGGACGGGGAGGAGGAUGAGGAGGAGGAUGAGGAGGAGGAUGAGGAGGAGGAUGAGGGAGACGAGGAGGAAGAAGGGGAGGGCGGGGAGGAGGAAGAGGAGGAGGAGAGCACGGCCGCGCUGUGGCGGCGGUUGUGUCGAACGGUGCGCAUGCGGUGGGCGGGCGGCGAUGGGCGCAACCACUGCGACCGCCUGGCGGAUGAACAGGCAAGGCUCGGCAGUGGGGGCGCGGGGAUGCACAUGCAGCGGCGACUGGUGGACGUGCUGUCGCGCCUGGGCGCGCUGGACCUCACGCGCGCCGCUCUCACGUGCCGCCGCUUCAAGCGCCUCUGCCACCAGGUGCGCGUGAUAGACAACGCGGGAGACAGCGUGAUAGAGGUGGCGAGGAUGCUGCGUGUGCUGCCAGGCAUCCUGGGCACGGCGAAUGUGGUGCGCCUGGUGAGCCCUGACAACGAACGAGACGCUGCUGCUGACAUCCGAGCCAUGCGCGCUCACGGCUUCCCCCGCCUCGCUGCUGCUGCUGCUGCUCAUACCACUGCUGGUGUUGCCGCUCCUGGUGCUGCUGGUGGUGCCCUUGUGCAUAGCAGCAGCAGUAGUGGUAGCAGAUCUGGCGGUGACGGUGUUGCUGGCAGCGAGGGUGUGAGUGGGGGAAGAGGCUCUGGGAAUUUGCGAGGCGGAGGAGCGGGUGAGGCAUGCGCGGUGAGGAGUAAUGGGGGUGACGCAGCAGCAGCAGGAGCGGCAGGAGCAGCAGAGGGAGCAGGAACGUCCCCUUCACAGGCACGCACGGAACCAGUAGAGCGAAGAGGAGGGUCCCAGGGAGGGGUACAGGGAGGAGAGGGCAGAGGUGCGUACGUGUGGGGAGGCACGGAGCUGUCGUGGACCAACCUCCCCUGCCGGCACGUGAAGAGCGUGGGCAUGUUCCUGAGCCCAUCGCUCACGUCGCUCACACUGGGUGUGGUGCACGUGCGGCGCCACAGCCUGCCCACCAUGGCUGUGGUACAGGUGCUCCCGGACUCGUGCCCGCGCCUGCGCUCCCUGCAUGUGACUUGGAGCUGCCUGCAUAAGGAGGAGCUGCUCGCUGGGUUUAGGGAGGAGGAGGAGGAGGUGCAGGUGAGGGCGGGUCCUGCACUGUUGUGGGAUGAGGAUGAUGGGGAUGGGGACGGGGGUGGGGGUGGAGAUUGGGAUGGGGAUGGGGAUGGGGAUGGGGAUGGGGAUGGGGAUGGGGAUGGGGAUGGGGAUGGGGCUUUUGGUGAUGGUGAUGAUGGUGGGGAUUCUGGUUUGAGUGGUAGGGAGGGCGAUGAGAGAGAGGAAGGCGGGGUGUCGUUGGAUCAGGAGAGUGAGAGGGUGGGAGGGGAGGGGGUGGGUGCGGAUGAGGAUGCUGAUGGGGAUGAUGAGGCGGGGCGGGGGAGGGAAGAAGAGGAGGGUAUGUCCGUCCCUUUUACUUUGGGGUCUCUUGGUGGUGGGGAUGGCGAGGGAGAAGUGUAUGCGGCAGACGGUACAAUGCAGCAGCGAAGGGCGCAAGGGGAGAUGGCACAUGAAGGGUUGGAGGGCGCUGCUAUGGCGAGGUGUCAGGAGCAGGGAGAGCAGGUGGAGCAGGGGCGGCAGGGGGAGCAAGAGGGUCAGGGGGGACAGGGGGAGCAAGGGGAGCAGAGAGAGGAGGGUGAGCAGGGGGAACAGGAAGAGCAGGGGGAGCAGGGCGAGGGGUACACUGGUCUUGCGGAUGUAGGAGCAGGGGAAGUGGGGGUGAGAAGUGACGGAAUAAGCGCCGUUGAACGUCUCCUCGCGCGCUGCCCCUGCCUGCAAUCCCUGCGCCUGCCAGGCGUUGUAGGCGCAGGGCUGGCAGGUGGGCAUAAAGAGUUACAGCGGCUGGACGUGACGCUCGUGUUUCACGUGGCCACGGCGCUGCCAGUGCUGGAGCGGUGUGUGCGUGUGUUCCCCAAGCUCACGCACCUGCGCAUGGCCACGCAGCUGAAUGCGCUGCCCGGGGAUGACGGGUCCCUGGCUGACGAUGGUGGCGCCACUGAGGUGCUCGCUCCUGCUGAGUACGUGCCACGGGGGUUGGGUGUGCACCUGGCGUGGUGUGAGUCUCAUGCUUCAUCUGCUCAUUCUGUCUGUGUGCAUGCAUGGCAGGUUCCCUUUCCGACAUCACCUCUCCUCCCCUCUCCCUGUUUGCCCGCCAAUCUCCUCCCGCUGCAACACCCCAGGUCACAGCUACAGGAGGUGGAGCUGGAGAGCUUCUGUCUGCCGCUCACCAUCUUCCCCUUCUCCCUCCUAACACCCAACCGGCCACCCCUCCCCGUUUCCUCUCUCAUCCCCAGCUCGCAGCUACAGGAGGUGGAGCUGGAGAGCUUCUGUCUGCCGCUCACCAUCUUCCCCUUCUCCCUCCUAACACCCAACCGGCCACCCCUCCCCGUUUCCUCUCUCAUCCCCAGCUCGCAGCUACAGGAGGUGGAGCUGGAGAGCUUCUGUCUGCCGCUCACCAUCUUCCCCUUCUCCCUCCUAACACCCAACCGGCCACCCCUCCCCGUUUCCUCUCUCAUCCCCAGCUCGCAGCUACAGGAGGUGGAGCUGGAGAGCUUCCGCCUGCCGCUCACCAUCUUCCGCUUCUCCCUCCUAACACCCAACCGGCCACCCCUCCCCGUUUCCUCUCUCAUCCCCAGCUCGCAGCUACAGGAGGUGGAGCUGGAGAGCUUCCGCCUGCCGCUCACCAUGUCCCUCACCCUGCCCCGUGUGCGUCGCAUCAAGCUCUACCGCGGGGACGUGCACGCCUUCUCCCCACCGCCCUCCCGCACCCUCACCCUCGCCUGCCCUCUCCUCACAGACCUCGACAUCGACUUUCUCAUCUCCUCGCCCUCCCUGCACGCCCUCGCUGCCUCAUCCCCCCUCCUCCGCAUCCUGCGCGUGCGCCACCCUCCUGCUACUGUCCACUUAGGCCCCGCCUGGCAGCACCUGCGGGAGCUUUUCCUGGGAGGGCUCGGGGAGAACUACGGCGCGCGGGAGAUCUCCCUCGCGUGCCCGCGCCUGCACCAAGCAACAGUCGCCCUGGGCGUCUCCCACACAGACAAGCUCUCAGUAGACUGCCCUCUCCUGCAGGACUUCCGCGUGCUCAGCUUUGGUCUCGACGCGGUCCUCUGCCGCUUCCACUGCCCGUCCCUGCGCUCGCUCGCCCUCGGGGGCAUCGACCCCGGGCCUCUCGACAGCAUCGGGCGCGGGUGCCCGAGCCUGCGCAGCCUGGAGGUGUGCUGCCCGAAAGCCCACCACGUGGUACUGGGGGAGGAGUUUGCACAACUCGAACGGGCGUCCAUAUCCGGGCUCGGCGUGUGCCGCACGCUGCAGGUGCACUGCGCGCGCCUCACCUCCCUCACAGUCUACUGCACCUGGUCCGCACCCUGCCUGGUGGAAGCCACGGCCCCCUGCCUCACGCACCUCAACUUCCGCGCGCGCCCGGCUGAGUGGGACCAGCCCGUGCGCUUCACCCUGCGCUGCCCUCAAAUAGUGAAACUCGAGCUACCCUUUGUAGUGGCAGAUCUGGCCAGCCUGGGGGGCACGUGCCCGCGGCUGGAGCAGCUGAGUGUGGACUAUGUGGCGGGGGGGGUGCUGCGCGUGGGGCGGGAGUUCCAGGCGCUGCGUGUGCUCAAGGUGGCGCAUGCGCUGGCUAGUCUGCAGGACCGCCCGCUGCCGCCCAUCUCCGUGGUGGACGUCUGCUGCCCUCGCCUCGUCACGCUCGUGUGCGGCGACUCUCCCUCGUCGCCAUUCGCCGCUGCACGAUCCACUCAUGCAGCUGAGAGGCAGAGCAGCAGGCGUGUGAGCUACUGCCGCAUUGAGUGCCCGGAAUUGGAUCUGCUUGACCUCGGCGUCCUCCCCCUGCCUGCGCUCCACUCCAUCGCUGCUGCCUGCCCCAAGCUCAGAGUGUUCCGGGCUGUGGGUCCCCUGGUUGACUGGCGUGUGCUAGGCGCGAGUGGAGGAGGGCAGGUUGACGGCAGGAUCUGCAGAAGGAGGAGGAGCAGUGUUGCUGGUGCAGCGGAUGUGGGUAGGGAGAGGGUUGGCGGCGGCGCAGCAGGUGUGUGUCAGCCGUUGUUGAGUGAGGCAUGUGCUGCGAUGGGGCGGCGGGGGAAGAGGGCGAGAGAGAGCCAUGGGGCUGGUGAGGGGCCGUUUGGGGAGACACCUGAGCAGAGGAGCAGGCGGGGGAAGACAGCAACAGGUGCGGCAAAAGAGGGCGGGUCGGAUGGUCAAAGGGGGGUAGACACAGUGGAUGGCAGUGGAGAGGGGAGACAGGUGAUAGGAGGCGUGGCUGGUGAGUGCCAUGGUGGGGAGGAGGGCAGGAAAGUGGAGGAUAUCGGUCCGCGUGGCGGAAACACUGACUUGCACAGAGUUGCAGAGCACGUGGACAGGCGCACGCAUGGCUCGUCUCCUCCCAUCAUCACUCCCCCUUCCCAGCCAACCCGUCCUGUGUCAUUCUCUUCACCCACCACUCCCCCUCACCACCCACCCUCCCCACCCACCACAACCCGUCCUGACCACCACGCCUCGCAUGACCGUCCCCUGCCGCGUUGUGUGUGUGCUGCCAUCCAUGUGGGAGCAGCGUUUGAGUGCCUGGAGCACCUCUCUCUCACACUCCUCGAUGCUGCCUUCGGAGCACACUCAGGCCACCCCGUCCCACCGCCCUCGCCCAUCCCCCCCCCAUCCUCCUGCUUCCCACCGCGCACCGGACUGGGCCUGGGUGUUUCUGCAGGGGUUGGUGGUGGUGGUGUGCGGUUUGCUUCGGCGGCUCUGUGGCCUGUUGGGGGGUUGGGGAUGGCCCGUUCGCGCACCAUCAGGCAUGGCCGUGUGCCUGAUGUGCCGUUGGGUAGGGCGCUCGUGAGGGAGAGCGUGGGAGAGAGGUCUUUCAGGGAGAGAGAAGACAGGGUGGUGGGUGUGGUGCGUGGGGAGAGAGGGGCUGGAGGGGAGAGGGUGGGACGUGAUAUGGAGCUUGGGGGUGUGAUGGAACGUGGGGCGAGAGGUGGGGAGAGGGCUGGUGAGGAGAGUCAGGAAAGGCGAAGAGUGAGCGAGGGAGGGCGGGAGGCAGGCGGGGUGGGAGAGGCGGUGCAGAGUGGUGCAGCAGGCGAUGGGGUGGGUGGUGUGGGGGAGAGGGCGCCCGAGAGUGGUGGCAUGAGUGGGGGCUUGCAGGUGGGAUCAGGGCGUGCGAGUGGUGAGCAUGCUUCGGGUGGCCUUUUAGAUUCCAUGCAGGGAGGAGCAAGUGAGGCGAGGGGGACAAGUGAGACGAGGGGGACAGGUGAGACAAGGGGGACAGGCGAGACGAGAGGUGCAGGGGAGGCAAGGGGGGCAGGGGAGGCGUUGGAAAGGAGUGCAGUGGAAGGAGGUGGUGAUGGGGCGGUGGCAGCGGUGGCAGUGGUGGCAGAACGGCAAGCAGGCAGUGCGGCAGCAGCAGGCAGUGCGGCAUGGGUGUCUGGGUUGCGGCGAGGGCAGAGGAGGCGAGUGGCAUGGGUGGACGAAGGUGGGCUCACAGGGGGGAGCAGUGCUGUGAGCUCACACGGAGGAGUGGGUGGGAGGGGCGCUUCAGGGCGUGCAGAGCGCGGGGGAGAGUGGGGGCAGAGGCGAGUGGAUGAGAUCGGUGUGGGAAGGCUUGGGUUGGUGGAUGGAGGGGAGAGGCGGGCUGAGGGAGUGGAGCGUGGUGGUGGGGAUAGUGGAGGGGUGCGGGAGUGGGAUGACAUGGAGAGAGUGAGGGACAGGGGGGUAACAUGGCGGGGAGUCAGGGCAGAAGAAGCAGAGCAAACAGGUGCACGGGGAACGCAGCAAGGAGCAGCAGGAGCAGCAGCAGGAGCAGUGCUUGGGAGGGGUGACGUAGUAGGGGCGGGCGCAGGGCACGAGGCAGGGCGGUUGAUGUGGGGGCGAUCGAGUCAGCUAACGGGCAUGUAUGGGCGCAUAGGCGAGCAAUUCACACGCGCGGUCAGGCAUGUCACCCACACUGCUGCUGCUGCUACUGCUGCUGCUGCUGCUUCCGACGAUGCAGGAAGGCACACGGAAGGAGAGAGGCCGAGGGAAGGGAGGGGAUACGGAGAAGGGGAAGGGGUAGGAGCGGGGAGUAGAGGUGCGGGGGGAGGGGCGGCGGUGUUGGGGGCGCGGGAAGGUGUGGAUGGGGCAGGGGGUGAGGGGGGUGUGGGAACGGUGGGUGAUGGUGGUGGUGGGUGCGAGCAUGGCCUGGGGAAUAGUGACUGCAGGCAUGCAAGCGGCCAUGGGGACAAUGGCAAGGGCAGUGGUGGGGGCAGCAGUAGGGGAGAGCGUGAGUGUGCACGCGUGUGUGUGGACGUUCACCUGUGCUGCCCGCUGCUGAAGCAUGCAGAGGUGGCGCUGUGUGUGGGGCGACUGGGGAAUGUGCGAGUGCAGUGCCCGUCCCUCAGGAGCUUGCUGCUCGUGCAUGGCGAUAGGGGCGCGGGAUAUGUGGCAGGUGGUGGGGGGAUGGUGUGUGGAGGGGAGGGAAGGGAAGCCUUUUCCUUGCCAACCCCCCCUUCGUCUUCAUCGCAUCCCCCGGCCUGCGCCGUGCCGUCGCUCACGGCAUGCCUGCCAUCGUUCAGUUUCGGAGCAGCAUGUGCGGUGGUGAGAGAGGUGGACAUCUCCAAGUGCUGGGGGGUGCCCACCAGAACUGCCCCAGGAGGGGAGUUCCCUCGCACAGGCACUGCACCCGGCAGCAGGGCAGGAGCAAGCAGGCUGUGGGGCAGGGGGAUAGGGAGUGGGGAGGGCGGCGGGGUGACGGGCAGUGGUGGUGGGGGGAAUGGAGCUAAGGGGAACGGGGAUGGCGGGGAAGGGAGGGAGAGUGGGGGAGGGGAGUGUGGGUGGGCGGUGGUGUUUGGGCCGGAGUGGGCGAGUCUGCAGAAGCUGCUGCUGUGGGAGGUGGCUGCCUCGUCUAUUACCGUUGCCUGCCCAAGACCACGACUGCUGCCUCCUCUCCCCCGCAUUGCACCAGCCCCGCUGCUCACCCGUGCUGUCAUGGUGGCUGCGCUGCCAGAGUGGGCGCUGCUCUCCACGCUCUCACCUCUACUAGGUCCAGCACUGGAGCACAUGUAUGUCGUCUCGCAACUCUUGAAGGACCCUGCAGGGCUGGAGAGGGAGCUGGGUGUUCGGGCUAUGGGGUCACACCAUCACAUCUUUGCAUCCCACGUCCUCACACGGGCUCUCAAUGAGUUUACUGAUCUCUUUGACCGCCGCGCCUUCCACACGCUGUGA